AUGUGCGCCAUACUUAGCAUUCAUGUUCAAUUUGAUCAUAUUUUAGUUUUAUAUCAAUUUCAGGUGUCUAUUGAAGGUAAUAUAGGUUGUGGUAAAACAACAUUAUUAGAAUAUUACAAAAAUUCACCAAAUGUUGAGCCGAUACCUGAACCUGUAGAACAGUGGACAAAUGUGAAGGGACAGAAUGCUUUGGGGUUACUUUAUAAAGAUCCAAAGAGAUGGAGUUUUUCGUUCAAUAUGUAUGCACAGUUAACCAGAAUACAGAUGCAUAAAAAACAACAAAAGAAACCCAUUAAAAUGUUAGAAAGAUCUUUGUACAGCACACAAUAUUGUUUUGUCGAAAAUGAUUUCAGAAAGGGAACAUUAAAUGGUCUAGAGCAUGCUAUAAUUAGUGAAUGGUUUGAAUGGUUAUUAAAAUCUCAACAAGUACAGUUAGAUCUUAUAGUUUAUUUAAGAGCUGAUCCUGAGGUAUGUUAUGACAGAAUAAGACAAAGAUCCAGACAAGAAGAAUCAUGUGUACCCUUUGAAUUAAUAGAAGAACUUCAUAAUUUACAUGAAGAUUGGUUGGUACAUGAAUCUAGUUUUAAAUCACCGGCUCCAGUUCUUGUAAUGGAUGCCAAUAAUGAUUAUAAUGUUAUGAAAGAUAUUUAUGAAGAAAGGAGGAGUGAUAUUUUAUGUGGAUAUUGCUGA